AUGGACACAGGCCGAAUGGUCAAAUUGGUCCCUGUGUGGAUAAGGUUGCACGGAUUAGGUCUUCAAUACUGGGGAAAGAAGAAUUUGAGUGCUCUUGUUAGCACUAUUGGAAAGCCUAUUAUGGCUGAUAAAGUAACGCUUGAGAGAUCCAUGAUUAAGUAUGCUAGAGUGUUGGUGGAUGUUGAGAUUAAGGAUGAAGCUCCGAGAACAAUUGCCUUUGCUAAUGAGAAGAAGCAACUGAUUGAACAACCGGUUGAAUAUGAGUGGCUUCCAACCGAAUGUGCGGCAUGUGACUUGCUUGGUCAUUUGAUUUCAAAUUGCAACAAAGGGAAACCUGUAGCCUGGAAGAAAAAACAGCAAGGGGACAAGCCUAAAGCUGUUGAAAAAGCUGCUGAAAAUGAGGAAAAAUUAGUCGGGAACUUGGGCAAUGUAAUGGAAGCAGAAAAGAGUGAUGUCGAUGGCAAAACAGAGAAAGAGUCGAUUGAUAUUGAGGAAAGAGGGGCUACCAUAACUUCCACUAAUCUAGCCAGUAAUGAAAACUGGGUUACUCCAAAGAGAAAAAGUUCUAAAAUAGUAAAUCGGCCUCAACAAGAAGCGAAAAUCAGCAAUGGCCAUGAGGCUUUGGAGGAUGCUGAAGGGACCAAGGUUCAUCAUGAUAGAGUUAGUAAUCUUGUUUACAAUAACCCGAACUGGAGGAUAUAUUCCAGUCAGGAUAUUUCGUAUAGAAUUUUGCUGGUUUGGAUUGACAAGCUUGUCAAAGUGGACAUUUUGUUGGAAGAUAGGCAGCUCAUUCAUUGUAAGCUCAAAAUGGUGGGAUACAAAGAGGAGUUCUAUCUCACAGUGGUUUAUGGAAGUAAUUCUAUGAAUGAAAGGAAGGAUCUCUGGAAUAAGCUUGCUAGUAUCGGGCAUCUGAAUGCUCCUUGGAUCAUCCUUGGAGACUUCAAUGCUAUGUUCGCUUACAAAGAUAGAAGUGGUGGCAAAAGAAUUAAAGAUCUUGAAAUCCAGGAUAGUCAAAACUGGCUUGCUCAGGAAGUUAGUUUCAGAUGGGGAGCUCUUUCAGAUCACAGUUUUUGUCUUGUAAAGCAUAUCAAGGUUAGUAACCGUGGUACUAAACCUUUCCGCUUUUGCAAUUACUGGUUGCUUAAAGAGGGUUACAAAGAGAAUGUGCUUACUGCUUGGAAUAAGUACAAUAUUACUGAUUUGAAAAGUUUACACCAACAACUUUUUAGGAUUAAACAUAUCCUAAAAAACUGCUAUGUAAAUAAACAUGAGAAUGUUACUGGUACUUAUAAAGAAGCCCGUGAGAGGUAUAUUGAAGCUCAAGAAGCCUUGGCCACAAACCCGCUUUGUCCUAAAGCAGCUAGAAAAGAAAAGGAGACUCAUGCUCAGUUCCAAGAAGCCUGA